UGAGCACACCUAGCUUGAGCAAAGCUGAUCAGGUACAAAUACCAGAAGGCUGCGUGUCUGUAGACAUUCCUGCCUGUUCUCACUCCACCACACCGCUGCCAAGAUGAAGUUCACAGUGGUCUUCGCUGGCCUGCUCGGGCUCCUCAUAGCAUCUGGCUUUUCUUACAUAAUCAACAGCAACAAUGAAAACAACGUGGGCGGAAGUGGCUCGCAGACAGUAAGCAUCAACAACCAGCACAAUGUGGCCAAUGUCGACAGCAACAAUGGCUGGGGCUCCUGGAAUACCCUCUGGGACUAUGAAAACAGUUUUGCUGCGACCAGAGUUUUCUCCAAGAAAUCAUGCAUUGUGCACAAAAUGAACCAGAAUGUCAUGCCCUCCCUUCAAGAACUCGACAGACUGGCCAAGGAGCAAAAGGAUAAGGAGCCUGAAGGGGCGCCUCCCAAGGAAUUGAUGUUUUCCAUCAACCCUACCAGAGUGGAGGACCUGAGUCCCUUCGGGGCCAAGAUUGCUGGAAUGUGCCAGGGCAUCCCAACCUAUGUAGCCGAGGAGAUUCCAGGCCCAAAUCAGCCUUUGUACUCACAGAAUUGCUUCACUGCUAACAUACUGUGGAUCCUAAAGCUGUCCUUCUGUGGAACAUCAGAGGAAACUUAUUAGAAGUCACCAUGGAUUUGAUCAUCAGAGAAAUAAAGUGUGGGCUCUGACCAUUGCUACACCCGACUAUAAGAAUGCUCUCUGAGAGUUGAUUACCUUCUUUCAGGCUCAAUAAACCCACCCAGCACUACA